UGCCCAGAAUGGGAAAUUUUACAGUUGAAGACUAACUUGUGCUCUCUGGUGGACAAACUGUAUAAUGGAGAUGCAGUUUUAAAACACUUUAAACCUGUGGCAUGUCUGCACUGACAUUUCUUCUUGCUCAUUUCCCGAUACUGUAUAGAAUCCAACAUAUUUGUCAUAAGCUAAUAUCAUGGAAGCAGAUGUUUAGAAUAAGCUUUUAUUUAAAUACAUUUCAAUUCAUGCCAGUCCCCCCUACAUAACUACACUGUUUUAGAGACCACCUUAAAAUACCUCUGAGUGCUAUGGAUUGCUCACUUCCUGAUAUAGUUUGAGGAAAUGGCAAGUGUAGGUCCUCUUCUCUUGAGACAAUCUAACGCAUCACACUGGGUAGGAAAAGCACAGGUGUGAACCAUAAAGUCAGUUGUGGCUGCUUCAGUUUCAGGGUUGUGCUAUUCAUGCUGGUUCACUGCCACACUUCUCAUAACAGUCAUCUUAAUGUUGACGUGACCCAAAUGUCUGCUGGGGAAAAGGCCUGUUGUCAAACGGACCUUGGACACAUUUCAUGGUUUAUUUCAAAUUAUCCAUUCACAUUACUAGAAAUUAUGUACGAAGUAACUGCACCUGUAACGUUACCUCGAUAGUGACCAAUUAAUUCUUUGUGCGCACGUGCAAAGCGUACCUGUCGCACAGGAAGCUGGGACAGGAUGUGACGUAGUUAGUUAAUCCUCUUAGUUUAAUUAAGCCGAAGCAACAGGGCUACUUUCUAACAGCAGUGGUUUUAGAAAUCGAUUUGGUUGUAUGUGAAGUCAAACGGAGUCUGGGAGGAAGAGCUUUGGAGUACAAAACGGUUUGAAGUGAGUUGGAGGUGUUUGUCCACGAGCCCCCGCAGAAUGCUGUCCACGCGGAUGCUGUGGGGCGUUGCGGCGCGACAGAUCACUCCGCGUCUGACCUACAGCACUGCAGCACAGCCCCAGGUGAAGCCAAAAAAGACCAAGUUUGGCCCUCUGAGUGACCAAGACCGAAUAUUCACCAAUUUAUAUGGCCGUCAUGACUGGAGACUCAAGGGAGCACUCAGGCGAGGUGACUGGUAUAAGACGAAGGAGAUCAUACUGAAGGGACCGGACUGGAUCCUAAAUGAGGUGAAAAUCUCUGGACUUCGAGGCAGAGGAGGAGCGGGCUUCCCCACCGGCAUGAAGUGGAGCUUCAUGAACAAACCCAGCGAUGGCAGGCCAAAGUACCUGGUGGUGAAUGCCGAUGAGGGGGAACCUGGCACAUGUAAAGACCGUGAGAUAAUGCGUCAUGACCCCCACAAAUUAAUAGAAGGCUGCCUGGUCGCUGGCAGAGCCAUGGGUGCUCGUGCUGCGUACAUCUACAUCAGAGGAGAGUUUUACAACGAGUCCUCAAAUCUGCAGGUGGCUAUGAAUGAGGCCUACAAAGCAGGGUUGAUUGGGAAGAACUCCUGUAGCUCGGGGUAUGACUUCGAUGUGUUUGUGAUGCGAGGAGCAGGAGCUUACAUCUGUGGGGAGGAGACGGCGCUCAUCGAGUCUCUUGAAGGAAAACAAGGGAAACCCAGACUAAAGCCGCCAUUCCCUGCAGACAUAGGGGUAUUUGGAUGCCCAACAACAGUGUCCAAUGUGGAGACGGUUGCCGUGGCGCCUGAGAUCUGUCGCAGAGGGGGAGCUUGGUUUGCCAGCUUUGGGAGGGAGAGGAACUCUGGAACAAAGCUGUUCAACAUCUCCGGUCACGUGAACACUCCGUGCACGGUGGAGGAAGAGAUGUCUAUUCCUCUGAGGGAGCUAAUAGAGAGACACGCAGGAGGAGUGAGGGGCGGCUGGGACAAUCUAUUAGGAGUGAUCCCAGGGGGGUCCUCCACUCCCAUCAUCCCUCGCCAUGUGUGCGAAGAUGUUUUAAUGGAUUUUGAUGAUCUGAUCCGUGCAGAGACCGCGUUGGGAACUGCUGCCGUCAUAGUUAUGGAUAAAUCGACUGAUGUGAUCCGAGCCAUCGCUCGUUUGGUUGAGUUCUACAAACAUGAGAGCUGUGGCCAGUGCACCCCCUGCAGAGAGGGAGUAGACUGGAUGGAUAAAAUGAUGUGGAGGUUUGUUCGAGGAGAAGCAGCGGUUUCAGAGAUCGAUAUGAUCUGGGAGCUCAGCAAGCAGAUAGAGGGACACACCAUCUGUGCCCUGGGGGAUGGCGCUGCCUGGCCUGUGCAGGGACUGAUCCGCCACUUCAGGCCUAUCAUGGAGAGCCGCAUCGCUCAGUAUAACAAGACAAACCCUCCGAGAGAGCCAGAGAUUGAGAUGAUCUGAAGCGGCAGGUUUUCAGUAAUUCACAACAGCAUUACAACCUGUGAUGCGGUACUGGUUUGUGUAGUUUCAGUGUAAUAUUUGUUAUUUAGAAUGCUGCAAGUUGUACUGAUUUAAUGCAAUGUAUUCUCAGUUAUUAUUGUAGCUAUCAUCUUUGCAGAAACCUAUGAUUUUCAAGGAUUUUCUUCCUAUUUAUAUAAUAUUAAUUCUGCAGCACAUUGGUCAAUUCCAAUCCAAUUUUUAUAGCUAAUAGCUUAUCAGUAGAUGUGACCGAUUGGGUGUGUGAUGGUCACUUUGCCCACUGCAUCAGGACAGACUAAUAAAAAACAAAAAAGAAUCAGAAGCUCAAACAUGGCAAUAAAUUAAGUUUAUUUCAUAAAAGCAUGAAAUAAUUUCAAUAGAUUUACUACACAUUAGUCCAAUAUGAUCUGUACAAACAGAGCAGAAUAGAAAGGAUGGUGUCAGUGACUUGGGUAGGCAAAAAGGAAAGAAAAGGGGGUGACAACUUAGGAAAAGCUAUUUUAGGGAUAAAAUGAAAAGCAGUCAGUGAUGUACAACAUCAUUGGCUUGUGAUAUUGUUUAUACAAAGAUACUGUAUUUAAACA